CCCUCAGGGCCAGGGAGCCGGGUCUUGGGCGCAGGAAGCUCUUCCGGGUCAGGACACAAGGACUUCCGGCGCGACGGUAAGGCCGGCUUCUCUCUCUGCCCCGGCGGGCGGGGGGGGGGGAGAGCGCAGGCUCCGCGGGGGGGGGCGGGGGGGAGGAGAGGGGGGCGGCCCGCCAGGUUCACCACUCCGGGGCGGGUCCCGCCCCCUGGAAAGGCCCCCCCCGCCCCCUCCCGUCGCUCUGGGGGGACGCAGGACCAUAGACGUGGCAAGGGAUAGAGCGGCCUCUUCGCCCAGUCUCUCUUACUCUCUGGGAGCCCCGCCUGGAGGGAGCAAGGCCUUCCUCGGAUCUGGGUCCCGAAGGGAUCUGUUCUGAAGGCUGCUUUGAAGGUGCCGUUUUUGUGGGAAUUGCCUGUGUGUUUUUAACAGAACGUGCAUUGAUAGAGGAUGGUGAUAAAAAUAAAUAAAUAAAUAUUUAUACCCCGCCCACCUGGCUGAGUUUCCCCAGCCACUCUGGGCGGCUCCCAAUCAAGUAUUAAAAACAAUACAGUGUUAAACAUUAAAAGCUUCCAUGAACAGGGCUGCCUUCAGAUGUCUUCUAAAAGUCUGGUAGUUGUUGUUCUCUUUGACAUCUGGUUGGAGGGCGUUCCACAAGGCGGGUGCCACCACCGAGAAGGCCCUCUGCCUGGUCCCCUGUAACCUCACUUCUCACAAUGAGGGAACCGCCAGAAGGCCCUCGGCGCUGGAUCUCAGUGUCCGGGCAGAACUAUGGGGGUGGAGAUGCUCCUUCAGGAUUAUUUCUACCCCGCCCACCUGGCUGGGUUUCCCCCAGCCACUUUGGGUGGCUCCCAACAGAACAUAAAAAACAGAAUAAAACUUCAAACACUGAAAACUUCCCUAAACAGGGCUGCCUUCAGAUGUCUUCUAAAAGUUGGAUACAGUCAUGCCUCGGGUUACAGCCGCUUCAGGUUGCGUUUUUUUCGGGUUACACACCCGCCGAAACCCAGAAGUACCGGAACGGGUUACUUCCGGGUUUCGGAAGUUGCGCAGAAGCUCUAAAUUGAGCAUUGCACAGAAGCACCAAAUCGCAAUCCGUACGUGCACAGAUGCACCGCUGCAGGUUGCGAACAUGCAUCCUGCACAGAUCACGUUUGCAACCGAUGACUCCACUGUAGUUGUUUAUUUUCUUGACAUCUGUUGGGAAAUAGGGACAUUUAUACAUGCAUAUACAUACGUCUUUUUCAUUCGAUUAGUACUUAUUUGUGUUUGUUUUUCUCUGCCCCAUAUGUUUUCAGCUGCUCUUACGUUAUCUGUAAGCUGCCCUGAGGCAGGGGAAGAGGCAGAGUACACAUUAAUUAAUUUCCUGCUUUCCACCACUGCAAGACAACCAUUGCCAGAGCUCCAGGCUCCCGCCGCUUUUCCGGAAACACGUCAAGCCCAAGAAGCAGCACGAGAUCCGUCGGCUGGGGCAGGUAUGGCUGAGCUGGGGAGGGAGGGCGGCUCGAGUCAGCGAGCCCAGCUGCGUGUCACCAAGGAGGCAAGAACUGCUACCCCCACUGCCAGGCCCAGCCCUGUUCUCACUUGUUCCUUUCACAUCCAGCCCAGGGUAGCAAACGCACCACGACCGGAAAGCAUUCUCAAAACAGGGCAUUUGUUUUCUACCAAAAAGGGAUUUGGGGGUCACCAGGAACACACAUCAGAUGCCAAGCCUGAGUACAGACAAAGGUCUUUUAAAAAAAUAUAUUAUUUCUUCAUUUUGUCGAUACAAACAACAACUGCAAAAGACACAUACAGCAAAAACCAUAACAACAAUAACACAAUUUGACAGUUCAGAUUUGAAUACACGGAUAUACCUAUGAAUAAACCUUUUUAACAAUAUUUUCCCACCUCUCUGUCCUCUCCCCACCUCCCACCAUUAUCCGCUUUAUCGCUUAAAUAUUCAUUCCAGAUUUCUUCCUAUUUAUCCAUUCUUAAUUUGUGUUGACAUGCAGUUCGUUCGGAUGUAGCUAAUCUGUCCAUAUUAUCAAUCCAUCUUGAACGCACUCCAGAAAGCCAAUUACGAGGGAGGCGGGCACAACUCCCAAGGGAGGGUAUUCCACAAACAGGAAGCCACCACUGAAAAGGCCCUGCUGUGAGUCAGUGCCAACCAGGCAGCCCCCAGAAUAAGACCUCCACAGCCUGUCAUAGGGUCCAAGCAAGGCAUCUGCUUCGGGGGGGGGGGGGGGGCUGUUGCCAGAGCUGCUGCUGGUCACUGCAGGAACUACUGCUGUGCCUCUGAUGCCCCCGUGGCCCUGCCCAGCACACUCCCUUCCACCUCUUCGCACACUCCCCUCCACCUCUUCCUCCAGCCACACCUGGUUUCCUCUCCUGCUGCUGCUGCUGCCCAUCCUCCUCCUCUCCCUCUCCUGGGAAGCAGCCGCUGCCCCUCGCUGAAGCCACCAGGGGCUCCCUCCACCUUCGCUCCCUGAGUGGGCAGCUCCACAGGGGCCUCCCUGACUCCCGUUUCCCCGCAGAUGGUGAAGCGGCUGAGUGAGCUCACGGGGUGCCGCCAGGUGGUUGACGUGGGCGCUGGCCAGGUAAGUAGGGAUGCAAGAGGCCUCUCGGGUUCCUCUUCCUUUUCGGAGUCUCGCAAAGCCUGCUUUAUUCAUAGUGUCUUCUUUAUUUACAGUGUCUUCUCCCCCUUUUCCCCCAGGGCCACCUCUCUCGCUUCCUGGCCUUCGGCCUGGGCCUCUCCGUCACCGCCAGCGAGGAGACCCCGGCUGGUCGCCCAGGCUGCCAAGUUCGACCAGGAGCUGGUGCAGGCGCUGAGGAAAGAGGGGCCAAGCGAGGAGGGCAGGUGAGGAGGCGGAACGUCAGGGGUGGGGAGGGGAUGUGGUGUGUUGCAGAGGGUCCUGGCUUCCUGAGGAGGGGGCGGAGGCGGGGGCCAGUCCCUCUGGUCCAAGCCAUGGCAGGCAGCUUCCUCAGGCACUUGGUGGAUUCCCACACGGCAGGGGGUUGACUAGAUGACUCUUGGGGGUCCCUUCCAGCUUCUGUGAGCCACACGCCCUCCACUUAAUGCCCUCUCCUUUUCCUUCAACCUCCAUGGAUCCCCCGGCCAGAAUCCCUGGAGCUGAGCCUUCUAGGCCUGUAUCUUGAACGCAAGCUCAUCUGCGGUUCCUGCAUUGCAGGGGGUUAGACUAGAUGGCCCUUAGGGUCUCUUUCAACACUGCAGUUCUAUCAUUCUAUGGCAUGGGUAGGCAAACUAAGGCCCGGGGGCCGGAUCCGGCCCAAUCGCCUUCUAAAUCCAGCCCACAGACGGUCCGGGAAUCAGCGUGUUUUUACAUGAGUAGAAUGUGUCCUUUUAUUUAAAAUCCAUCUCUGGGUUAUUUGUGGGGCAUAGGAAUUCAUUCUUUUUUCUCCCCCCCCCCAAAAAUAUAGUCCGCCCCCCACAAGGUCUGAGGGACAGUGGACCGGCCCCCUGCUGAAAAAGUUUGCUGACCCUUAUUCUAUGGAGUGGUUUGGGGGGGGGCUGUACAUGAAUGUAUAUUUAAGCGAGGGUUGUCAAUGACUUUGACCAGCUAUCCUAAUUUUGAAGUUGAACCGUGUGGCAGGGCCAGCUCCCUGAUUAGGCAGAGUGAAGAAACUGCCACCACUGCUCACAAGCAGAUGGAUAGCUGGGGGGGGGGGGGAGGCACUGCUCUCCUUGCCCCUGGGCUGCCCCCUUGCGCCUUCUCACCCUCUUUGGGGUGUUCCAGGGGCAAGUAGAGAAACACACCCACACUGGUUUAAACAAUACCAGUUUCAUGUUUGCAAAGACAACAUUAAAUAUCUAGGCACAUUAACACCAUGAGACUUAUCUAAAUUAGUGUCAUUAAACAACAAAAUAUACCAUGAGGUAUCAAUAGACAUAGACAGGUGACAGCAGUGCUUUUUUCUGGGGUAUGCACACCCCUAAACAUUUUGUGAAUCUAUUUCUGGCCUCAUUGAGGAGCAAUAUUUCAAUAUGAGUAGUAGAAUGAGAGUACCCCUAAACAUUUUUAAAGAAAAAAAGCACUGGAUGGGAGUCAUUGAACCUGACCCUGUGGAGAAAAGUCAAUGCUCUUAAAAUGAACGUAAUACCUAGUUUAUAUCUUAAGAGGAAUUCCAAUUCACAUACCGAGCAAAUACUUUCUCAAAAUUAAAUCUUUGUUUAGAAAAUGCCUUUGGGGCUCUUCAGUUCCAAGAAUAUCUAUGCAAAAAAUGCAGAUACCGAUAAAAGGAGGAGGAUUUUGGAUCCCAGACUUAGAAAUGUAUCACCAAGUAUAUUUGCCGUCAGGUAGACAAUCCUGGAGACCCAUAACUGAAAACAACUGUCCAAAUUGGGCUGCUUUGGAAUAUUCCUAUGUAGCACCUCUAGAAAGAUGGGUAGCACUUGGGUCUAAAUACAUGCAUUAAUACUCAAGAUGCUAUUGAAACAAUAACAUCAGUUAGAAUGAUACCACAUGUCCAAAAAAUAUAAAUUUGACCUUUGCUCCCACAAUAAAAUGCCUUUGUGGGGAAACCUGUCUUUAAAACCAGGAAAGAAAUGGUAAUAUGGGAGAGAUGGAUGAAUUUCGGUAUAUUAACAUUAGACCAGUUGAUAAACGAAGAGGAUGAAUUUUAAACAUAGUCCAUCCUAAGAGACAAAUACAGAUUACCUACAAAUGCUCAAUGGCAGUAUCUCCAGAUAAAACACUUGGCAGGAAGUGAGGAGGAAUUAAAGAACCUUUUAAUGAAGGUAAAAGAGGGGAGUGCAAAAUAUGGUCUGAAGCUCAACAUCAAAAAAACGAAGAUCAUGGCCACUGGUCCCAUCACCUCCUGGCAAAUAGAAGGGGAAGAAAUGGAGGCAGUGAGAGAUUUUACUUUCUUGGGCUCCAUGAUCACUGCAGAUGGUGACAGCAGCCACGAAAUUAAAAGACGUCUGCUCCUUGGGAGAAAGGCGAUGGCAAACCUAGACAGCAUCUUAAAAAGCAGAGACAUCACCUUGCCAACAAAGGUUCGUAUAGUGCAAGCUAUGGUUUUCCCAGUAGUGAUGUAUGGAAGUGAGAGCUGGACCAUCAAGGCGGCUGAUCGCCGAUGAAACCUAUCCAUUCUGAAGGAAAUCAGCCCUGAGUGCUCACUGGAAGGACAGAUCCUGAAGCUGAGGCUCCAAGACUUUGGCCACCUCACAAGAAGAGAAUCAUAGAGUUGGAAGAGACCACAAGGGCUAUUGAGUCCAACCCCCUGCCAAGCUGGAAACACCAUCAGAGCACUCCUGACAUAUGGUUGACUCCCUGGAAAAGACCCUGAUGUUGGGAAAGAUGGAGGGCACAAGGAGAAGGGGACGACAGAGGACAAGAUGGUGGGACAGUACAGUGGUACCUCUGGUUACGUACUUAAUUCGUUCUGGAGGUCGGUUCUUAACCUGAAACUGUUCUUAAACUGAAGCACAGUGGUACCUCGCAAGACGAAAUUAAUUCAUUCUGCGAGUUUUUUCGUCUUGCGAAUUUUUCGUCUUGCGAAGCACGGAUUCCCAUAGGAAUGCAUUGAAAAUCAAUUAAUGCGUUCCUAUGGUCAAAAAAAGUCCAAACAAAGCCAAAUUUGGUACAACAAGAGUUUAUUAAGUGCUCUUUAAAGUCACACAUACUGUAAAGAGCAUUUCAAAAAUUCGAAGGAACUAUAAUUUAAGUUUCUAAACAUGACAGAAAAGCAUUUAAAAAUCACCAAAGUGUACAGUACUGUACAUACAUUUUCUAAGACUCUGGGGGACAACUCGAAGAAGGUUCCUCUUCCACUCUUUGCUUCUUGCUGAAGAACCCGUCCAUGGUCUGCUGCUUCAUCCGCCUUUUCAGCACCUCCCUGAAAGACGACAUGAGCCUCGUAUCAAAAGUGUUCGCAAGGUCACGUGUCCGGUCCUUGUCAGGGUGGUACCGCUGUGCAAAAGCCUGCACAUCUUCCCACUUCUGGCAAAUGUCCCUCAGUUCUUUGGAGGACAGCUGUUCCUCUUCCAGCAAGGCCUGCUCCUGAUCAGCCUCUGCCUGCAGUUCGACCAGCUCCUGGUCGUCCGUCUUCCUCUCGCCGGCCUCUGCAGCAGCAGUCUUCUUGGGCCCCAUGGCAGCACAGCUCCUACCUUCGCAAACCCCCCAAAAAUAUAUCAGUGCUUCACAUCCAAAAAAUUCAAAAGCACCAAGCCUCCUAGAAAACACACAAGCUUCCAGAUUCUUGCAAACCCCUUCUCAACUAUUCCCCCAGCCACCCACCACACAGAAAUCCAAACCCAGAAAUCUCCUGCCCUACAACAGAAGAUACAGAAGCAGGAUUGGUCGCACCAACAGGGUAAAGAACAGCUUCUAUCUGUGGGCUGUUAGGCUGCUGAAUGAAAAGAGAACAACAGGACAACUGAGUUUCGGGUUUGGUGGGUGGGUGUCAGUAAACGAGGGGAAUUAAGACUAAGAGAGCUGAGUGGGGGGUGCUUGUGUAAUCUCACUGUAUACAAGUUGAACAAGUGACAAUAAAGUAUUUCAUUCAUUCAUUAGUUGCAUAUAAGAACAACACAGAAUCAAAUACAAGCAAUCAAAUACAGUUUUCCCCUAGCCUCCCCCAAAAAAGCAGCCCCAACUAUGUCCAGGUAAUUACAUUAGUAAUAUAAUCAAAUCAAAAAUUAUUUCUGGUUGCUGGUUAUAAAAAAUAUCAUCCCACAUGCUCCCAUGUGUGUUAGGCAUCAGAGAAAGAACAAGCAUUUAAACCACCUAUGUCAUAAAGGAGGACUGCGUUAUGUAAGAGUUCUGUAGUUUCUCACGUUGCUUUCUAUUAUUAUUAUUAUUAUUAUUUGGCGCCGAGCCCAACCAACGGAAGCGAUGGUUUUACAGCAGCCUGAAUACGUUGCCAUGCGAAGUCGGAGGCGAAGCGCUCCAGCAAAAGACUUUGGGGCGACUGAGUUCGUGAGUUAGUGAUGGGGGGGGGGAUUUUCUGAGGCGCCUUUCGCCCCCGAGUCAGGACGAGGCUCGCCCGGGAAAGGGAGCCUGGCGGACGAGCAACUUACUUCCCGAGUCCCGCCGGGGACGGAGAGGCCUCUCUUCGGGAAAGGCGCGGAGAGAAGCGAAGGACUCCCGGGCGCUCCGCUCCAGUCCGAGGCGGCGACGAAAUGGCGCCUCAGGCCCAGGGAGCCGGGUUUUGUGGGCAGGAAGCUCUUCCGGGUCAGGACACAAGGACUUCCGGCGCGACGGUAAGGCCGGCUUCUCUCUCUGCCCCGGCGGGCGGGGGCUUUCGAGCGGGGGGGGGAGGAGAGCGCAGGCUCCGGGGCGGGGGGGGGGCGGCCCGCCAGGUUCACCACUCCGGGGCGGGGGGGCCGGGUCCCGCCCCCGGGAAAGGCCCCCCCCCCCCCCACCCCGUCGCUCUGGGGGACGCAGGACCAUAGACGUGGCAAGGGAUAGAGCGGCCUCUUCGCCCAGUCUCUCUUACUCUCUGGGUGCCCCGCCUGGAGGGAGCAAGGCCUUCCUCGGAUCUGGGUCCUGAAGGGAUCUGUUUUGAAGGCUGCUUUGAAGGUGCCGCUUUUGUUGGAAUUACCUGUGUGUUUUUAGCAGAACGUGCAUUGAUAGAGGAUGGUCAUAAUAAAUAAUAAUAAUAAUAAUAAUAAUAAUAAUUUAUUAUUUCUACCCCACCCACCUGGCCAGGUUUCUCCAGCCACUCUGGGCGGCUCCCAGCAGAACACUAAAAACAGAAUAAAACAUCCCUAAACAGGGCUGCCUUCCGAUGUCUUCUAAAAGUCUGCUACAGUCUUCCUUGUGUUAUGUCUGCUUCGUGUUACUUUCUUUCAGGUUACAUCCUGCGGUGACCCAAAAGUACCAGAAAGGGUUACUUCUGGGUUUCACUGCUCGCGCAUGCGCAGACGCGCAAAAUGACAUCAUGCGCAGAAGCGGCGAAUCACAACCCGUGCGUGCGCAGAUGCGCCGCUGCGGGUUGUGCUCUUUUCAUGUUGCGUACGGGCCUCCGGAAUGGAUCCCAUUCACAACCAGAAGUACCACUGUAGUUGUUUAUUUUCUUGACAUCUGAGGGGAGAUAGAUAGGGACGUAUAUAAUACAUGUACAUUAAAGGUAAAGGGACUCCUGGCCAUUAGGUCCAGUCGUAGCCGACAGGGGUUGCGGCGCUCAUCUCGCUUUAUUGGCUGAGGGAGCCGGUGUACAGCUUCCGGGUCACAUGGCCAGCAGGACUAAGCCGCUUCUGGCGAACCAGAGCAGUGCACGGAAAUGCCGUUUACCUUCCCACCAGAGUGGUACCUAUUUAUCUGCUUGCACUCGGACAUGCUUUCGAACUGCUAGGUUGGCAGGAGCAGGGACUGAGCAACGGGAGUUCACCCCGUCGCAGGGAUUCGAACCGCCGUCCUUCUGAUCGGCAAGACCUAGGCUCUGUGGUUUAACCCACAACGCCAUACAUGUACAUACAUAGUUUUCAUUCGAUUAACACUUAUUUGUGUUUGUUUUUCUCUUCCCCAUAUGUUUUCAGCUGCUCUUACGUUAUCUGUAAGCUGCCCUGAGUCAGGGGAAGAGGCAGAGUACACAUUAAUUAUUAUUACUGUUUCCUGCUUUUCACCACUGCAGGGCGCCACAUCAAUGAAGCCAUAGUGAAAUAACGUUCCCCUCUUUUGCCUUCCCUUCUGCAGAGUCUCCUUGCGAUGGUCGGCUUCUCCCUGGAAGCCCAGAAGCGCUUAGCGGCCGACAUCACCCGCGUCCUCUCCCUCUACGGCUUUAUUGCGGAUGCCUACAUCAUUGUGAGUCAGCCCCCAUCUCCACCGCUGUGGGGCAGAAAGGGAUCUGGGGAAGGGUGGCACCCUGGCCUCCUCACUGGGAUCCAUAUGAUGAGCAGGGUGAGGGUCCUGGGCUUUCCCCGGAAGAAUCUGGGAGGGGUUGGGAUGUUCCCCAUCUCCCAACUCUUUGCAAGGCUGCAGGCACACCAUACAUUUAAAGAACCCUGGGAACUAUAGUUUUCCCACAUUGAACUACAGUUCCCAGCACUCUUAACAAACUGCAUUUCCCAGGGGAGGGGGGGCAAGAAGCACGCAACUGUAACCCUCUUCCACCCCACCCCACCCUCUUUCUUCCCUGCUAGGAGUUUUUCACAGACAAUCUGUGGGGCAGCCUCCCGCCAUCCUGGCAGGCCGCCCUGGCUGACCUCCAGCCCCCACAGCUGGCCGCCCUCCUGCUGGAAAAUAGACACGCCAGCGAGGAAGAAGCCAGGUAGGGUCGAGGGUGUUGUGGGUCUCCUUGGGCAGCCUCAAGGGUGCUUCCUCGGAAAUGGGUGCACUUGAACCCGCCUUGCAUGAACGGAGGGCCAAAGGGAUGCAGGGCUUCCAUCGAAGCACUUUUCUCACGGUUCCCGAGUAACUGCUUGAAAACACAGAGGCUGUGUUGUGAAUUUAAUGUUCUGUCCCUCCCCUGCCAUUAAAGAGGAAUGAGAACAUGGGUGGUUUUGAGACUCCACGUUACCUGCCACCGCUUGUCUCCCUCCCUCGCCCCCCUCAGGUACAGCUCGGUCUGGCCACUCUCCCUGCUGGCCUUCAAAGCCUCUGCCCACACCUUGGCGUUCCCCAGGAGGCCCAGCGGCUGGGCCGGCAAGUCCAAGGAAGCCGGGAGGCCGGAAGAGUUCCGGGACAACCAGUGCCAGAGCUCCAGGCUCCCGCCGCUUUUCCGGAAACACGUCAAGCCCAAGAAGCAGCACGAGAUCCGUCGGCUGGGGCAGGUACGGCUGAGCUGGGGAGGGAGGGCGGCUCGAGUCAGCGAGCCCAGCUGCGUGUCACCAAGGAGGCAAGAACUGCUACCCCCACUGCCAGGCCCAGCCCUGUUCUCACUUGUUCCUUUCACAUCCAGCCCAGGGUAGCAAACGCACCACGACCGGAAAGCUUUCUCAAAACAGGGCAUUUGUUUUCUACCAAAAGGGGAUUUGGGGGUCACCAGGAACACACAUCAGAUGCCAAGCCUGAGUACAGACAAAGGUCUUUUAAAAAAGUAUAUUAUUUAUUCAUUUUGUCGAUACAAACAACAACUGCAAAAGACACAUACAACAAAAACCAUAACAACAAUAACACAAUUUGACAGUUCAGAUUUGAAUACACGGAUAUACCUAUGAAUAAACCUUUUUAACAAUAUUUUCCCACCUCUCUGUCCUCUCCCCACCUCCCACCAUUAUCCGCUUUAUCGCUUAAAUAUUCAUUCCAGAUUUCUUCCUAUUUAUCCAUUCUUAAUUUGUGUUGACAUGCAGUUCGUUCGGAUGUAGCUAAUCUGUCCAUAUUAUCAAUCCAUCUUGAAUGCACUCCUGAAAGCCAAUUACGAGGGAGGCAGGCACAACUCCCAAGGGAGGGUAUUCCACAAACAGGAAGCCACCACUGAAAAGGCCCUGCUGUGAGUCAGUGCCAACCAGGCAAUCCCCAGAAUAAGACCUCCACAGCCUGUCAUAGGGUCCAAGCAAGGCAUCUGCUUCGGGGGGGGGGGGGCUGUUGCCAGAGCUGCUGCUGGUCACUGCAGGAACUACUGCUGUGCUUCUGAUGCCCCCGUGGCCCUGCCCAGCACACUCCCUUACACCUCUUCGCACACUCCCUUCCACCUCUUCCUCCAGCCACACCUGGUUUCCUCUCCUGCUGCUGCCCAUCCUCCUCCUCUCCCUCUCCUGGGAAGCAGCCGCUGCCCCUCGCUGAAGCCACCAGGGGCUCCCUCCACCUUCGCUCCCUGAGUGGGUCCUGGGGGGCAGCUCCACAAGGGCCUCCCUGACUCCCGUUUCCCCCGCAGAUGGUGAAACGGCUGAGUGAGCUCACGGGGUGCCGCCAGGUGGUUGACGUGGGCGCUGGCCAGGUAAGUAGGGAGGGAGGAGGCCUCAGGUUCCUCUUCCUUUUCAGAGUCUCGCAAAGCCUGCUUUAUUUACAGUGUCUUCUCCCCCCUUUCCCCCAGGGCCACCUCUCUCGCUUCCUGGCCUUCGGCCUGGGCCUCUCCGUCACCGCCAUCGAGGGAGACCCCCGGCUGGUCGCCCAGGCUGCCAAGUUCGACCAGGAGCUGGUGCAGGCGCUGAGGAAAGAGGGGGCCAAGCGAGGAGGGCAGGUGAGGAGGCGGAACGUCAGGGGUGGGGAGGGGAUGUGGUGUGUUGCAGAGGGUCCUGGCUUCCUGAGGAGGGGGCGGAGGCGGGGGCCAGUCCCUCUGGUCCAAGCCAUGGCAGGCAGCUUCCUCAGGCACUUGGUGGAUUCCCACACGGCAGGGGGUUGACUAGAUGACUCUUGGGGGUCCCUUCCAGCUUCUGUGAGCCACACGCCCUCCACUUAAUGCCCUCUCCUUUUCCUUCAACCUCCAUGGCUCCCCCGGCCAGAAUCCCAGGAGCUGAGCCUUCUAGGCCUCUAUCUUGAACGCAAGCUCAUCUGCGGUUCCUGCAUUGCAGGGGGUUGGACUAGAUGGCCCUUAGGGUCCCUUCCAACUGAAAAUAUCUGGGGGAAGUCCUGUAGCUGACAUCAGAAGCGAGGAGGAGUAUUUUCAGGGGAGCAAGGAAGAGGGUGCAGGCUGUUCCUAGGCAUGUUGGCCUAGGACCCACGUACCUACAGGACUGCCUCUCCUGGUAUGCCCCGUGGAGGACCUUAAGGACCACAAAUGAAAACAUUUUGGAGGUCCCAAGUCGCAAGGUGGUUAGACUGGUCUCAACCAGGGCCAGGGCCUUUUCAGCACUGGCCCCGACUUGGCGGAACGCUCUGUCCCAAGAGACAAGGGCCCUGCGGGACUUGACAUCUUUCCGCAGGGCCUGCAAGACAGAGCUGUUCCUCCUGGCCUUUGGUUUGGACUCAGUCUGACCCUUAUGUCUUCCCUCCCCUUAUGGUUUUGAUCUAUGGGCUACUAUUAAAAUGAGGCUGCAUUUUAACCUGUAUUUUAACCUGUAUUUUAAAUUACAGGUUUUAUGUUUCCAUUAUAAUUUUACUGGUGUUAGCUGCCCUGAGCUCAGCUUUGGACGGGGAGGGCGGUGUAUAAAUAAAAUUUAUUAUUAUUAUGUCCACCAGAGGGACCUUGAGGAGCUGGCCAAGGGACAGACGAGCCAAUCCCAGCCCUGUGUGGAGAUGCUGCCAAUGGGGAUGGAGCCUGUGGUCUCCGGCAUGGAAAGCAGGCUCCGUCCCACUGAGCCACAGCCCUUCUUUUCAAAUUAAAGUAGGACACUAGUCCUCAUGGUUUAUGAAAAAAUGGUUGAAAUAGGAACACACCUUGUUCAGAGCCAUAUACCUUUGUUCUGGGAGCUCAGCAGGUUAGGGGGAGGCUGGCCCAAACCCAUCCUAGUCCCCAGGCAGGGGUCCUGGCCUCACCCAGCCCCUCCCUGGUUCUCCUGCCGGGUGACACCUUCUCCCUCUUCUCCUCCCCGCAGGUCCCCAGCGGCAUAUCUCUUGAGGGGCCGCGGCACGUGGCUGGCUGGGUGGAUCCUGGGGCGCCGUGGACUGAAUUCUGGCAACUGCUGCAGCACCCGGAAGUGGAGGAGCGUGGCCCUGCGGUGGACAGAGGCAGCUUUGGGACAGCAGGCGUGGAUCCUGGGGGAGAGGACCUCCCAGGCCCCCCGGGAUGUGGGGCCAGCAGCGCCCCCGCCUGCCACACCCCCAGGGGGCGCCAGCUGCUCCUGACGGGACUCCACGCCUGCGGUGACCUGAGCGUGGCCCUCCUGCGCCACUUCGCCCGCUGCCCCCACGUGGCGGGCAUCACCUCCGUGGCCUGCUGCUACAUGAAGCUCACCACGGCAGAAGCCCCCGUCCUUCCAGGGCCAGGGCCCCCGCCCUGCCCCACAGCGCCCGGCUACCCCCUGAGCGCCUGGGUCUCCGGCCUGCCCGGCCACCGGCUCUCCUACAAGGCCCGCGAGGGGGCCUGCCACGCCCUCGAGGACUACGCCUGGCGGCUCAAGGGCCACAGCGCCGCCCUCAGGACCCACUGCUUCCGCGCGGCCUUGGAGACGGUGAUCCGGGCUGCUGACCCGGCCAAGAAGCGCCUGGGCGUGCAGACCAUCGCCAAGGCCCACCGGCUCACCUUUGGCGAGUGAGUGAGCCCAGGGAGCGGCGAGCGCCAGGCCAGGCAGCUCCACUGGAGAGGGUUGGGAUAGAUGGUCUUUGGGGGUCCCACACAACUCUCUGGUUCCACGAGUCAGUUCAAGCUGUGGCUCCAAAUGUCCCCGAGGAUUUUGGAGGUGGGGAUGGAGGACAGCCCUGUGUGGACAUGGGGUGGGGUCACAGCAAAGGUUGGCCCCAGAAACCAAGGCGCUGCCAGUAAGCAGCCAUGAACCUUAUUAGCUUCCAGAAAUGAUUCCAGAAAUGCUGGAUGACCUUUGGGAGGCCCCUUAAAUAAUAUGAUGUAAUAAUAAUUUAUUAUUUCUACCCCGCCCAUCUGGCUGGGUUUCCCCAGCCACUCUGGGCAGCUUCCAAGAUUUGGGGGGAAAUGUGCAAUUAAUUGUAACUGUUUUGUACAGUGGUACCUCGGGUUAAGUACUUAAUUGGUUCUGGAGGUCCGUUCUUAACCUGAAACUGUUCUUAACCUGAAGCACCACUUUAGCUAUUGGGGUCUCCUGCUGCCGUUGCGCGAUUUCUGUUCUCAUCCUGAAGCAAAGUUCUUAACCCGAGGUACUAUUUCUGGGUUAGCAGAGUCUGUAACCUGAAGCGUAUGUAACCCGAGGUACCACUGUGUUUUUUAUCCUAUACAGUGGUACCUCAGGUUACAUACGCUUCAGGUUACAUACACUUCAGGUUACAGACUCCGCUAACCCAGAAAUAGUUCCUCUUUGCUUCAGGAUGAGAACAGAAAUUGUGCUCCGGCGGCACGGCGGCAGCAGGAGGCCCCAUUAGCUAAAGUGGUGCUUCAGGUUAAGAACAGUUUCAGGUUAGGAACAGACCUCCAGAACGAAUUAAGUUCUUAACCCGAGGUACCACUUUACAAAGUUUGCAGUUCUACAGUUCUAAUGGGUGUGGAAACCAAAAGGAACCCCCAAAACGGGGCAGAGGUGGGUGGGAUUUCCCCGAGAGCUUUUGCACUUCAGCCCAAGUGCGGAGGCUCAGCACGGCUCUCUCUCCUCCAGGUACGCCCGCUUGGGCCUGGAGAGGGUGGGGCUGGACCCUGACGCGAGGCUGGAGCCUGGCCCCCUGCAGGCACUGCUGGCCCAGGAGGGGAAAGUGGUGGCCUUCUUCAGCCUGGCCCUCCUGCUGGCCCCCCUGGUGGAGACCCUGCUGCUUCUGGACAGGAUGAUCUUCCUGCAGGAGGAAGGUAAGCGGGGGGGGGGGGGUUCCCCAGCCACCAUUCCUGCGCUGAAGGGGGGUGGGCCAGAUGGCCUUUGGAGGUCCCUCCCAACUCUGCGAUUCCACGAGCGAGCACCAGAGGUGGACCUCAACCCCGCAGGCCCAGUGGGAACUCCCUGCCCUACUGAGGAAGGAAGGGCCCUGCUCCAAGCAGCCUUCCCCACACCUGCCACCCCCCGAAUGUUGCCCCAAGCACAGCCAGGACCCUCACUGGGCUCUCCUCCCCAAACAGGGUUUCACUGCCAGCUGCUCCCGCUCUUUGACCCCGCCUUCUCCCCCCGCAACCUGGUACUGGUGGCGGCCAAGACCCCUCUGGGCUCUGCUCUCUUGGACGUGGCAGCGGAAGACUGAAGGGGACGGCUUGGGGAUGUCUGGACCCACACACCCUGCCCCACACCGCAGGAAGCCAGCGAACAGGAAUACCCACGAGGGAAAAAGCAGGGCGUGGGCACUCUGGACACCUGGAUUCAGCCACAAAGGGGGCUCCUGGCCAGGUAUGGGUCAGAGAGGGUGGAAGAGAUCUGGAGAGGUUUUCCCCUUUCCAUCUGCGCCAUGGAGGCAAACAGGCUCCCAGAAGAGGCAUGGAGAUGUGAACAGCCUGACACCUUCCUCCUUGGCCCCCUCCUCAGUAAGGAAAUGCAGAGGGCAAAAGACCCUCACCCACCACCAAGUCCAGCUGAGGAACAGACUCUCCCAGGACUUUAAGAGCGGCAGAAAGCAGCUGGGAAGGAAGGACUUCCGGAAAUUCCAGUUACUCAUAAAUUUCACAAGUGUCUGGGCUGCUCAUUUCCAUCGUUUUCUGUGUUUUUUCCAUGCACUGGGGCAUUUUAUGUACUGUAACUUUGCUGCUGUUUUUAUUCAUUUGUUGAAUGUUUUUUAAUUUAUUAACAUAACUGUUGAGAGAGAUUUCUGAUUACCUGCUAUUUUCAGAAUGAGUUUCACCGUGUACUGUUGUGUCGCUGUUCUAUUAUUACCGUGUGCAGUGGAUGCUCGCGUUGCGAACAUGAUCCACGCGGGGUGCAUGUUCGCAACCCGCAGCAUCCGCAACCUGCAGCGGCUCGCGGGUUGCAAUUCGGCACUUCUGCGCAUGCAUGACUGCCAAAACCCGGAAGUAACACAUUCCGGUACUUCCGGCGGUCCGUAACUCAAAAAAACGCAACCUGAAGCAUCUGUAACCCGAGGUACGACUGUACUAUUUUAUUCUUGACUAUUACCUUCGUUUGAUACAAUUUGUUUAUCCGAAAGCCCUAUCUUUUAUUAUGACCUUUUCCACCUUGGAUCAGAUUGUUCCGUAGACGUGUGACGUUUGCUUCUACAGCUUAUAAACCGCCUCAUGGGAGUAACGAUACAGAUAGAUGGUAUAGUCAGGUUUGCCAGAGGAGAACGGCCACCUCCACAGACACAAAGGCACACUCAGAUUCCGGUUUAGGGGGCCCUUUAUCAGGAGGCAACAGCCCCCAUCUCAGCCUCCUCCUCAAUCUCCCCCCAAAGCUGAGAGUCUUUUGGGGUCCAGGCAGCGGGGCACAGAUCCACGGGACGAAAGGCCUCAAUACCAGUAGGACUUCCUGAAGCGGCGUGUCUCCACAAUACCCAUGAGCUCCAUGAUCUCCUCCUGGAACGUCUUCAAGGAAGGGACGUAGGUCUUCUCCAGGGCGUCCUCAACAGACGUGUCCUUGGGGCAGUCUUCAGCAGCAAGGCAGGGGGGAAAGGAGGAGAAGAGAAAACGGGGUGCAGGAAAUUAGGAGACUGGGUGUGUUUUUUAAUGCUAUGGUGCAGGUUCUGUAAACCCAGAACCAAGUUCCUAGUCCACAUGACAGAGGACAGCUCAGAACCAAGGCAGGGUCCGCCUGAGGCAACAGGUGAACAGAUUCCCUUUUCCCCACAGAAAUCCACUCCAUGCCAGCUCCACUCCCAAAUGCAAGAGCCACUCACCUGUCCAUUGUUCUGGGAUGAUGCCAUCGUCUCUCUGCUCCAAGGGCUUCGGGAUGAUCCUGCCGGUCCGGAGGGAGACGCGGACCCUCUCUCCUUCCUCCGUGUAGCGCCAUUCCACCUCGGUGGGCAGCCUGGGGGGCAAGGGGCAGACGAGAAGGGAGAGGGGGGGCCCAGGGAGAGUCCAGCGGGGAUGGGGAAGUGGGAUUUGGGGGGGCGUGUUUGAAAGCAAGCUCAAGCUGAAUUUCAGCAUCUGCUAAAAACAUUCUUGCUUAAGCCACCCAGAUGCUUCAGAAGUUGGUGUGGGUUUAAAUUUUCUGCAUGCUGUAAUUUUUUUACAACUGAGUGGCGUAUAGUGUUUACAAAAUAUAAAUAACUAAACUUAGCCUGCGGAUCAAUCGUCAAACUGUUAAACAACAACAAUAAAAAUAUCAGUGCUUUUUUCUGGGGGUGCUCAAGGUUACGCAGUACUGGCACCCUUUUUCCAGAAGAAAAACACUAAUAAUAAUAAUAGUUUUAUUAUUAAUACCCUGCCCACCUGGCCUCGCUUAAAAACACCAAAGUCUUCAGUCUCUGAGUAUAUGGCUCACAGGGGAAAUAAGUCCCCAGGUGUUUGUUGUCGUAACAAAAAAGGAGAACAUUCGAUAUUUCAUUUACCUAGCAGGAUUUAAAUACCUCUUAAUCAUCCUUAAUCUCACCGGCUGGUUUACAAAUAAUAUUAAAUGUUCAUUUUU